UCUCUCCUUUUAUUCCUGAGCCCGCCCGGGAUUCAGGUGGGCGGCUACAAAAGCAGGUAAUAUGAGCCCAAACCGCCCUCUCCCACUCCGAGUGCUCCCGAAGAGAAGCGAUCGGCACCUCUAAGAAAAGCCAGGCUGGAGUGGCGCGGACGAAGAGCUCUGGGAGCAUUUGGGAUUUGAACUCAACAGGUACCGGGUUAUGUUCUUUUUUUACAUUUUGCUCCUUCAGCUGGUGCUAACGUUGCUUGCAUUUCCUCACUGCUCAAGACAACUGAAGGAAUCGGAUGCAGUGAAAGAAGUGUUCAUCUCAACAGAGGAAGCCAAUUUAUUCUUUGGACGACACCUUCUAUACAACAGAUUUGACUUUGAACUGGUAACCCCAGGGGAUCUUGAAAGGGAAUGCAAUGAAGAAUACUGCAAUUUCGAGGAAGCAAGAGAAAUUUUUGGAGACCAAGAAAAAACAGUAAUUGCUUUACUUUUGGUGGCCUAUAAAGGAGAUAUUUUAAAGAUGUUAUUUUGGAAGAAAUAUACCAUGGAGGGUCGUGGCAGAUAUCAAGAGGAGCAAGCAAUGCGGAAGAUUGAUGUUAUGGGACUUUUGACUGGCUUGGUCGCAAUUGGAGUACUGUUGAUCAUAACUGGGUUAUUUAUUUAUUUUCUCUGCCAAAAGAAGUGCAAACAAAGACAUCUACCACGGGAUAGAAGCUACAGGAGGCGUAACUCUUCCAUCAUCUUUCAAAGACACGACGAGAUUUCCUUAAACCCUCUCUCUCCAUGCACAGAACACAAUGGAUUGCCAACUUACGAACAAGCAGUGGCACAAGUUCCACCCCCACCAUAUCCAGGCCCUUCAAGAGGGCUUAGGGCAUUCAAGAAGUCUCUCUCUCUUCCUGUUUAAUUAAGAAAUGGGGCUUGUAGAGUGCUUGAGAAUUAACUUGGAGAGAAGAAGAUGUACUGUAUAGCUGAAAUGCUGCAGCAUUGUGCUCACUUCAGGAGUCUUUCACAGGGUGAAAGGGAUACUGCCUGAGAGGAAGUGAAGUGUGUCAGGUGAACAAGGAAUGCACCCUUAAGCAAUGUGCUGAUGGCUAAGGAUGACCGACUCCUUUUGUUAUCCUUCAUUUUAGGUGCUAAGUACUGUAGUGAACUCCUCUGAUGCAUUCUGAGCCAAUUGGUGCAAUCAGUGCAUUGAUUUGCCAGCCUUUCUGUCUCUCACCAACUUAGCACUUUCAUUAUCAAUUUUUUAAAUUAAAAAAAUAGCAAUGCAGAUUGGUAAUAAAGUGGGAAUGAUAAUAUGAAUAAACACAGGAUCCUUGCUUUGAACUACUUUUAACCACAAUAAAAGGAAGAGCUAGUAACAUAAUAUAAAUGGAAUGUUUCUCUAACUCUGAACAACUUAAACUGUGGUUUUUUAAAAGUAGCA